AAUGCCUUCCAAAAAAUUGAAUAAGUCUCGUGACGUCCACAUUGCAACAAAUUUAAAUAAUGAUGGAAUGAUGAUCUUACCCACUAAUUUUAAUGGAACUUUGGCAUUUGAUACAGUGACUGUAUGCUUUCCAGGAGCUAUUGGUUUGCGAUACAAAUGCCCAUCAUCCGGCUUGUUUCGACAGCUUUUAAUGGAUUCGAAUAAAACUUGUUUUUAUGAACCAGUUGACGGUUGGGAAGAUCAAAUUUUUUAUGUUAUCUAUUAUUCUGGUGUACCUAUCACAGAUACAGAGAUAAUAAAAGAAAUUUAUGAUUUGAAAAAGAAAAAUGCAGAAAUUGAGAAGAAAAAUGCUGAAAUGGAGAAGAAACUGGAUCUAGCAUUGAAUUUCAAUCUUCAGGUAUUAUGGAAUAAGUUUGUUACUCAUUCCAAAGAAUUUGUUGAAAAAAUCUUCACAUUUUUACAAAAUAUGUGGCGGGUUUUUACGUAA